AUGGGGGAAAAACCGUUGAAGAUGUAAGUCACAGUUAUGAUAAUUCAUAGUAAUUUAUUAGCUUCCCCUAACUUGGUAGUAACGGUCAAAAUUAUAGCCUAAUAAAACUAGUUAACAGUGAGAGUCAACCACUACAAGCCGUGUAGCUAACUAACUUAGAUGGCUACGAUUGUCUCGAUGGUCAAGUUGUCCAAUUUCAUGAGAAAGUACAGUUGCUUGUUUGAAUAAAUUCUGCACGUAACUAGCUAGCUACGAUUUCAAUACUGUUUAAUCUAUUCUAGCCUUGCAUGUGGUGACGUAGAGGGAAGCAUUAAUGCUGUGUUUAACCGCGUUCGGACCAUCCAGAAGAAGAGCGGCCAGUUUGAUGUAAAUCCUAACCACACAUACACACACAUACACACACACACACACACACAUACAUACAUACAUAUCCCAUCAGUAGGUAAUCUCCUGUUCUCUCUGCAGCUGUUGCUGUGUGUAGGAAACUUCUUCGGUUUGUCUCCAGAAGCUCAGGCUGAAUGGCAGGAGUACAAAUCUGGAGCAAAGAAAGGUAACCUAUUGUGGUUCUGAAAUUAGGAACGACAUUGAUGGUCUGGAGUUAGGAACGACAUUGUGGGUCUGGAGUUAGGAACGACAUUGUGGGUCUGGAGUUAGGAACCACAUUGUGGGUCUGGAGUUAGGAACGACAUUGUGGGUCUGGAGCUAGGAACCACAUUGUGGGUCUGGAGCUAGGAACCACAUUGUGGGUCUGGAGUUAGGAACGACAUUGUGGGUCUGGAGUUAGGAACCACAUUGUGGGUCUGGAGUUAGGAACCACAUUGUGGGUCUGGAGUUAGGAACGACAUUGUGGGUCUGGAGUUAGGAACGACAUUGUGGGUCUGGAGUUAGGAACGACAUUGUGGGUCUGGAGUUAGAAACCACAUUGUGGGUCUGGAGUUAGGAACGACAUUGUGGGUCUGGAGUUAGGAACCACAUUGUGGGUCUGGAGUUAGGAACGACAUUGUGGGUCUGGAGCUAGGAACCACAUUGUGGGUCUGGAGCUAGGAACCACAUUGUGGGUCUGGAGUUAGGAACGACAUUGUGGGUCUGGAGUUAGGAACCACAUUGUGGGUCUGGAGUUAGGAACCACAUUGUGGGUCUGGAGUUAGGAACGACAUUGUGGGUCUGGAGUUAGGAACCACAUUGUGGGUCUGGAGUUAGGAACGACAUUGUGGGUCUGGAGUUAGGAACCACAUUGUGGGUCUGGAGCUAGGAACCACAUUGUGGGUCUGGAGUUAGGAACGACAUUGUGGGUCUGGAGUUAGGAACCACAUUGUGGGUCUGGAGUUAGGAACCACAUUGUGGGUCUGGAGUUAGGAACCACAUUGUGGGUCUGGAGUUAGGAACCACAUUGUGGGUCUGGAGUUAGGAACCACAUUGUCUUGACUGUUGUUGCAGCUCCCAUCCACACAUACAUCCUGGGAGCAGCCAGCCAGGAGACCCUCUGCUUCUUCCCCAGCGCUGAUGGCUGUGAGCUGGCUGACAACAUCACAUACCUU